GUGCUUUCCUCAUUCCCUAUUUCAUCUGCGCCCUCGGGGCUGGACUGCCAGUGUUCUUCCUCGAGAUAGCCAUGGGACAGUUCACCAGCGAAGGCUGUGUUACCGUGUGGAAGAUGUGCCCUCUCUUCAAAGGGAUCGGCUACGGUACGGUUGUGAUCGUUUGCCUGCUGAAUUUCUACUACAUCAUCGUCAUGGCGUGGGCAUUUGACUACAUGUUCCACUCGUUCACGACUGUGCUGCCCUGGUCGCACUGCAACAACACGUGGAACACUGAGAAAGAUUCGCUCAUCAUCUGCGUCGUCAACAGCUUCACUAGUCUCUACGCUGGCUUUGUCAUCUUCUCUGUGCUCGGAUACAUGGCGAAUGUGCUGGGAGUCGAAGUCAAGGACGUCGCUGCCGCUGGACCUGGUCUAGCGUUUAUAGCUUACCCGAAAGCCGUCAGCCUGAUGCCUGCCGCUCCUGUCUGGGCAGUUCUCUUCUUCAUCAUGAUCCUGCUGCUCGGUGUGGACAGUCAGUUCAUCUUCGUCUUCAGUCUGGUCAAGCACCAGUUGCUAGAAUACGAGUCGGAGCCCUACCCACUGUGGGGCGACCUGCUCGGCUGGGUGCUUGCGCUCUCCUCCAUGGCCUGGAUCCCCGCUUUUGCCUUCUACAAGCUGUCGCCGCUUGGACCUGGAGCUACGUUCGCAGAGCGAUGGAGAAAUCUCACCACGCCAGACUUAGCUCCAGAGUUCGUGGAUGCGCACAGGGGCGACUACGAUAUUGUCGGACUACCUUACAUUAAAAUCAGAUCGAACAAUACGUCCGCCGAUGGCGCACCGAGCGAGAACGGAGAGAAAGUAGAGCAGACGUGCGUAUGAACACAUAACGCUGGCGGGCGCCAUUUUGAAAGUAGAGCAGACUUGCGUAUGAACCACAGAGAUGUAUACAUAAACAUUAUACAUCUCUAUGGUAUGAACACAUUACGCUGGCCUGCGCUACUUUGAGGGCCAGCGCGCGAGUUCGUUCGCGAGCGAAUGUUUUCCGUUCGUUUGUUGUUGGAGUUUUGUGACAAGUGAGUCGCAGCAGCAGCAGCAGCGCAUGCAUGAUCGUCUGCACGCGUGCGGCAUUGUGAGGCGCGCUGUUUCGAAACGCGUCGGUGUUUCGCAGUUUUUAUUAAUGUGUUUAUUUUAGUGUGCGCAAAAAGUACGGAUUUUUGUUGCAAAACCGUAAAUAGCGAUGAAUGAUAUAUAACUAAACGAAUUGAGAUUAGACGUAUUAUCUUAUCUUUUCUGUUAAGCUAUUUUGGAAGUGCGACUACAGAGAAAAUCCCUCCUACCUUUAUCUGAUAUUAAUUAUACGAAAUUAAAUUGGAAACCACACGACCCGUCUCAACGAAAUCUAGACGUUUUAAUGAAUAUCCUCACCAAAGGCAUGUCAUGUACAGAUAUUUAACAUGCGUCAUACUCCUACCUGUGUGUGUGUGUGUGUGUGUGUGUGUGUGUGUGUGUGUGUGUGUGUGUGUGUGUGUGUGUGUGUGUGUGUGUGUGUGUCGUGUGUGUGUGUGUGUGUGUGUGUGUGUGUGUGUGUGUGUGUGUGUGUGUGUGUGUGUGUGUGUGUGUGUGUGUGUGUGCGUGCGUGUGUGUGUGUGUGUGUGCGUGUAAAUGUGUGCGUUUUACGCUAAAAGAACGUUUUAUUUGUACAUGUAGAUCUGUUUAUAUCAACUCUGUUGGACUGUAAACGUACGAUAAUCCCAUCUUGUGGAACGACGUACUCCACCCCAAUGAACUCAUCGAUUUUUUUGCAUUUGUAAUUAUAAACAUAUAUAAUGUGAACAUUUAAUACUUCCGCCUAGCGCGUAAGGGUAAACAUAGACAAGCGCUACCGCUAUUGUUUAAUUCACAGUCUCACGACCGCCUCAAAUGUGUCGUUUUGUAAAUGGAGACUGAGUUUAAUGUAUUCACGGACAAAUCGCGCCAUUCGUGAGGCGAUGAAUCCAAGUUUAUAUAAACACGCGCGCGCACACACCAAAACACAACCGAUAUAGAAUACAAGAACCCCCGUAUAUUCGUUUUGAUACGAAAUGCGCUACGUCGUUGUGUGUUUGUCAAGAGCUUUUAAUUUUUUUCCUGUACUUUUGUUUUGUCCGAGCGCGAUAGCAGCGCCAUAGCAGCGCGGCGGAACAGGCAGCGAGCGAUUUAGCUAUCGCUGUGUCGUUUGGCACGCGUGAAAUUUUAUCGUCUGGAGAGAGUACUUGCAUUCGCCUUAGUUCAUCUUGAGAUUAACGUUAUGAACCAGCGGGAGGUGAGCGUGCGCGUAGUGGCAUCCCUCGUUAGAAAAGAAAGAGAGAGAGAGAGAGAGGGAGUAAAAUAAAGAAAGAGAGAGAGACUCUCCAGAAACAGCGUAGUGAGACAGUGAA